AAUUCCCUAAGAAAAAUGGAGUCGUGGAAAGACCUGAAGGGGAAAGUAGUGAUGGUUACAGGGGCGUCGUCUGGAAUUGGGCGAGAGUUGUGUCUCGACUUGGCCAAAGCCGGUUGCAGCAUCAUCGCUGCUGCUCGUCGUAUUGACAUGUUGAAAUCUCUCUGCAACCACAUUAAUUCAGAGGGUCUCCAGCGAGCAUUCGCCCUCGAGCUUGAUGUCAUGUCCAAUGGUGCUACCAUUGAGGUCGCUGUACAAAUAGCUUGGAAUGCCUUUGGACGUAUCGAUACCUUGAUUAACAACGCUGGCAUUAGAGGUAGUGUGAGCUUUUCACUAGAAUUGUCAGAGAAGGAGUGGGAACAUACCUUUAACACGAAUCUCAGAGGGGCAUGGUUGGUGUCAAAAUACGUCUGUAGACGCAUGCGCGAUGCUAAACAGGGCGGAGGAUCUGUUAUUAAUAUCUCUUCAGUUUCUGGUCUGAAUCGGGUACUAUUGCCCGGGUCUAUUGCUUACGCUUCUUCAAAGAUGGCUCUGGACAUGUUCACUAGGAUGAUGGCACUUGAAAUGGGAGUAAACAAUAUUAGAGUGAACUCAAUAGCACCAGCAAUUUUCAGAUCUGAGAUAACAGAGAGUCUUAUUCAAAAGGAAUCGUACAAACCAGUUGUUUCGAGAAUUGUUCCUUUGAGAGAUUUUGGAACGACAAAUCCAGCUAUAACAUCAGUCGUAAGGUAUUUAAACCUUGAUUCAUCAAAAUAUGUAUCGGGCAAUAUUUUCAUUGUUGAUAGCGGAUGUAGCUUAACCGGUGUCCCCAUUUUCUCAUCACUCUAG